AUAAGCUGGUAUAGUUAGCUGCUUUGGCCACCUUGCUUCUAAGUAGGCCGAGAUGACUGGGGUCAUCAUGUGAUACUAAUGAUUUAACUUUGUAAUACCAACUGCCACAUGCCAUUACAAACAGGGGGAAAUGAAGAGAAUUAUGCAGACCAUGCUGUCGAAGAAGAAGGAGAACAUCGGGAACCUGCAAUCCAUGGGGCAGCCAGGAGUAUACCACAGAAAUCAGCUUCCAUAGGCCGUGCUGCACAGAAGCUCCUGGAUUCUUCAGUUCUGCUGUAACGGCCUGCCAUGCCUUGCAACAAGAGAAAAAAAAGUAACAACUUAGCACCUAUGCAGACAGAGUGCCUACUAACUCACAGUUUGGAAAAAAUUCAGCUUAUUGCUGGAGAAAUCUAGAUCUGGCUAAAAAGUUAUUUAAAUGUCCAAAACUGGAACAAAAAUGUUAGUGCCAAUUCACAACACAAACUGAGCUGAAACUGCUGAGUUAGGUGCAGCCCCUGAGAAAGUUGCUUACAAGAGAUAAUGCAAAGUCAUGCUACAGUUGUUUGCAGGAUCCUGAACUUUCCUUCUGAACCUAUUCAUCUGAAUGACACUCUUCAUAAGGAAGUCAACAAAAAUUGAGCAGGGGAUCAUGUGUACUUGUCAGUCAGAGGCUGCCUGCCUGGCUAACUGUAGAUUAUGCAAUUGCUUUGUCUCCUGGAAAAUUCGGCCCCAGAAACAAACUCCAUUAGGCUCAGAAUGUUUAGUCACACUUUCCCUUUCCCACACAAUCACGCAUAAGGAGGACCAAAACUGGAACAGACUCAAUGUGAUGUGCAUGUGAGGACAGCUCUAACAAACCAAAAAACAGAAGUUUGCCUUCAAUGAUCCUUCAGAGCAGGCAACUAAAGUGCAAGCAGUGCUAUUGUAAUACUGAGGAGUUUUUCAGUGCAGAAUCAUAGUAUUUGCAAAAAUAUAAUAAGGCUUUUAGUUAGGGAAAGAAAUCCUGGGUUUAUAUAUGUAAUGUUAGCUACAAAUUGAGUUUCUUUUAUGUAAAUCUAGUGGAAGCUGUGCAUAGGGUGUCCUAAUCUGACCCAGAGAGGGAAAGCACACAACUGCGUAUCUGAAGAGAUGCAUACAGAUCAGGGGUGGAUCCAAGGGCAGUGCAGUUGCACCCCCUUUUCAUUCUUGCUCCACCCAAACUUUAAAACCAACUGCCUGGUUUGAAACAGGCCAUACUACUGAGUUAAUUGGCUUUAUGACUCAUUAUCAUCUACCCCAUUCCUGCUAAUCUCUCUUGACUUCACAGGUGUUAAUGACUGACUCUCCUUUUUCAUGGUCUUGGUGCUUCACUAUUCAAACUAUCCUUUCUUCUGCAGUGUUGCUGUCCAUUAGCCAUUUCUGGAAAUGUCUCUCUCAUAUUUCCAGUCCUGCAGGCUGUUUUUAGCUCUAGCUAAAAACUUUAACUCAGGUGUGGUAAUUCUCACUCAGGUGUAGAAAUGACUGGGGCUGAAGUAUUGGAGACACUGUCAAAAAUACUCAAGAAAACUAGGUUUUGUUUUAUGAAUCUGAGUAAGAGAUGGACAUUUAACUAUAAAGACUAUGGGACCAAUGCAAUAAUAUCUUUCACUAUUUUUUGCCUAGUUUGUGUUUAAAUAUAGAUGUUAGAUGUUAGGGUCGGAAGGGACCUCAAUAGAUCAUCGAGUCCGACCCCCAAAUAUAUAAUAUAUAAUUCAGAAAAUGAAUGUAUAUUCCAAUAAAGAUAGAGUUUUUUGCUUUGAUUUUAAACUGAAUAAUAUACCAAUAGCUGCCUAGCAUAUCAGUGAAGCUUUUAGUUUCUUUAACUGGAGAAAAAUGUGCUGUUAUACGCGAUGAGCCACACCAUCUGCCACCCCCCACCCCAUUCAAAAUCCUAAAUCUGCCCAUGAUACAGAUGUUAUUCCUAAAUCUGCUGCUUACCCAAGUAGCCAAUCAGAUGCUUUUCUUUUGUCCCUAUGCCAAGAACAAAUAUUAUUGAGAGAUUCUUCUUUCUUAUAUAACUGAAAUGUAAUAUGGUAAGAGUUUUUAAGACAUAAAAUCUUCAUUUAUAAAACUUUGACAUAAAUUAUUGAAAUAAGGUUGUUCUAACUAAAUGAUCCUGCCAGUUUCUUUGAGAACUUUCAUUUCUUUAAGGUGAUUAUGAAUAGGGAAAUUUAUUAGGAGUUAGAAAAUAUAGAUGUGAAAAUGCAGGAAAAGGUCUCAGUUAUUUACUCUUCUCCAAGAAUCAGAAUAGUUUUCACACACAAUUACUGGGCAAUGCUCAGAGUUCCAACCACUUUGGAAAGUUUCCAAAGCCAGUGGAUACAGAAGUAUUGAAAAUCAUUAAUUCAAAAGUAUGAGUCACCAGGAAUCAUUUGGUUCAAUAUUUUUUAUUAAGUGAAUCAGUGGUUCCAUAUAUAAAUGAAACAUAUGAUUCUGGGGAAAUUGAAAUAGAGUACACCAAAUCCUUUGAGAUGCUUCUGGAGAAUCUAGAAAUCUCAUUUCAUCAACUGCUUUUGUCUUACAUUUUUCCCCAUAUCAGUUUUUUUAAAUAUGCCCCUUAACCAAAUGUCAGUAUUUCUCUUUCAUUUCCUAGAGCUUUGAUUUGAAAAAAAUUGCUUAAGAGAGUAAGAAGUAAGUGCUGAUGACUAGCUGUCUUCAUCUAAGCUCCCUCCUUCAAUUGGAAACAUUAUGGUUUCAAAUUAUUUGAAUGCUUUGAAUUCAGCAAAGACCCAAUCCUAAUAGCCUUACUCCUGUAGACUGAGCCAUUUGAUUUGACUGAGACUCCUGCUUUGGUCUCCUGACUUUUCUGCAGGAAUACAAGGCCUUGUCAUAUUGAGUACAAUUUCCCAAAGGUACAGGUAACACUAACCUUGUUUUGUAAAAGGUUUCCUAUUAUAAUAGUAUAUUGUUUCAAACAUGCCAUUUAAAAAUGUAUGAUAUCUUUAAUAUAUAGUCUAGUACAGACCAGAAAGAAUGGGACCUUAAAGAGACAAAUCAGGUGCUUACAUUUUGCUCCAUCUAAUACAGCAGCAGAUCUAUUGCUAUUUGUGACAUCACAGUCAUAGUGACUUCAUAGCCAUAGCAAACUAUAUCUAAUAAGACCCAAAUGGAGAAAACAGAGAAAGGGUUUAUUUCUUGAGCUAAAAGUAAAUUUCUAUGGGAAGUACAUGACCUAUAAUACAGUUGAGCAGUUCUAAACACCAGCCUAUUUCUUACAAAUAUAAUUGUAAUCAAAUUAUCAAUCAUAAGGGAAGAUGUUGCAAGUUUCCCUUUUAUUUUUGGCCAGUUGCAAUUGCAAUACCAUUUACUCUAUAUAGUCCAAAAAGUUCCUCAGUGCUAAAGAACUCAUACUGCACUAUCCUGCUACAGCCUGCCUUAAUUGUAAUUAUCACUGUGGCAGCUGUGUUUUAUUUAUAGAGAAACACAAUAAAACUUAUAAUAAAUUGUUCUAAAGUCUCAGCCUACAAAAAUCUUUAAAUCUAAAAAUUAACCAUAGAAGUUUGGUGUUUGGAGCCUUGCAUACCCUGGUUCACUUAAGGCUGCUUUUGAGUGUGUUCGUGUUGCCUCAUGCUAUCAGCUGAGUAUGGGUAAGUUACUCUGCAUGAUUCAUUCAUAAACUGGAAAACCUAGCCAUGGUUGCUGAAUCAUGCUUAUGAGUAAUUUUCCUAGUCCCUCCCACAGCAGUUUCAAUCCCACCUCCUUCAAACCAAGAGCUGGUUGCCUACUAUAUUUAAGCAGCUGUCUUGGAGCAAUACAGUAUAUGCUCAAGAGUCACGGUCUGUUCUGCUUCUCUAGCAACACAAGCGUUUGUAUUAAGACCUUGUUCUUUCUCACCAACUCCCUUUACUAAGGUGAAUUUCUGGUUCUAAUCUUUUCAGGCAGGAAGAUGUAUUCAGUGCUGAACGAACACCAGUAUAAGAGCAAUUCCAAACCAAUCCCUGUGGUUAUCAUAGGAAAUGGCCCUUCAGGAAUAUGCCUUUCCUACCUGCUGUCUGGCUAUAUCCCAUAUGUCAGUAGAGAUUCUGUUCACCCCCAUCCUAUUCUACAGAGGAAACUACAAGAGCUGCCAGAGGUCUCCAUUUUAGACCAGGAUCUGCGGUACCUUUCUGAAGGCUUAGAGGGACGAUCCCACAGUCCUGUGGCUCUUCUCUUUGAUACUCUAUUGCGUCCAGAUACAGAUUUUGGUGGAACGGCAGAUUCGGUCCUUUCUUGGUGGCAUGAGGCUAACAGAACCAUUCCCCAUCUGGUCCUUGGCAAGAACCCUCCUGGAGGUGCCUGGCAUUCUAUUGAAGGAUCUAUGAUCACUCUGAGCCAAGGAGAAUGGAUGGGGCUUCCAGAUUUUCAACUGAAAGACUGGAUGAGGAAAAAGAGAAGGGGCCUCAGAAACAACAGAGCUACAGCAGAAGACAUUGCUCAAUAUUAUCAAAAUUAUGUGGCAAAGAAAGGGCUGCAGAGGAAUUUUAUCUGUGGGACUGUUGUGACAUCUGUGCAGAAAGUGAGCCAAGAUGUAAUCUCUAACAAUGCACAGCAGGAUCCUCAGAAGAAUGGUGGUUCCCCCUGGGAUUUCCCUGAGACAAAUAAGGAGAAUAACCAGGUUGCUAGUGGAAGUCUCUUCCAGGUGGAUGGAUUCAUCAAAACCAUUAUGGGUGAUCAGAUGCCCUUCUCCAUCUAUGCAGAGAAUGUGGUCUUAGCUACAGGAACCUAUGAUAGUCCCUCAUGGCUUGGGGUCAACGGAGAGGAUCUUCCUUAUGUACAUCACAAGCUCUCUACCCUUGAAGAAGCAGUGAAGAACAAGACAGUUGAUAUGACAUCAGAUCCAAUCCUGAUUGUAGGUGCUGGCCUGACAGCGGCUGAUGCAGUUCUCUUUGCUCAUCACUGCAGCAUCCCAGUGAUCCAUGUUUUUAGGAGAAGAGUCAGUGAUCCAGGCCUCAUUUUCAAUCAGCUUCCCAAAAUGAUGUAUCCAGAGUACCACAAAGUGCAUCAGAUGAUGACAGAACAGUCAGCUGCUUGUUCAGGGCCAUAUGAAUGUUAUAUCAGCCUUCCUGAACAUCAUGUGAUGUCCUUCACAGAGGACAAGAAGUGCAUCUUUCAGGAUAAGAAAGGCCACCAGAAAGUCUAUAACAUUUCCAUGGCUUUUGUUCUUGUUGGCUCAAACCCCAACCUCUCCUUUCUACCAAAUAAUGGCAUUAACUUGGCAAUGGACAAUAUGCAACCAGUCAAUCCCAAGAGGAAUCCCAUAGAUGUUGACCCAUUUACAUAUGAAUGCAUUCAGGAAAAAGGACUAUAUGCUGUGGGGCCAUUAGCUGGGGACAACUUUGUGCGUUUUGUGCAGGGAGGGGCUCUAGCUGUCGCUAGCUCUUUGUUACAGAAAGCAAACAGAAAGCCUCCUUAACAAACAAAGCACAAUAAGUCAGAAAUAUUGACAUAGAUUAUACUAUUCUCUUUGAUAGGUGUACUUUCCUACCCAGGGUGCUCUUCAAGGCUGUGCAGUCAUUAGGUUGUCAGUAGGUCUGUUUGGGAAGAAUAAGCCAGCAAGUACACUGCUUGGAAUUUAGAUUUGUAGUGUUGCUGAAGUUUCUACCAUGUUAAAUCUGGAGUAGCAGUUCCUUCUCUGCAUGUAUUUGCACUAUAGCAGAUGGAGCUUACAUCUUAUGCUGGGUAUACUGGGGGGACAAAGAGUCCAGCUAUCUUCCAGGCAGUUGAAAAGUUAUUUUGCACUCCUGUUUAAUUCUUUUCUAGUGGCCACAUUAGCAAGCCCUAUAUUUGUUGUCUUUACAGUGUUUCUGGAUAACACGGGUAACACUACAUAAUACAACAACAACAAAAGCUUGCUUCAUAUAGUCUCAUGUGGCACAGCUGUAUGUUCUUGCUGUGCAAGAGUCAUUUGAAAGCUGCGCUGUAAGUAUCUUACGUACCUAAAACAGAAUUCAUCAGUGUAAAAAAAAUUGUCAUAAAAGCACUGUCUGAAGGGCUUUAUUACCUAGAGACCAACGUUUUUCUGUAUGUGGUUUCUUUGCAUGUAAUACAGAUAUGUAUUUUUUUCUUAUGAAGAAAUCUUUUGCAGUAAUGCCACAAACUUACUAACUUUAAGAUGACAGUUUUUAAAAGUCAAAAACCAGAAUGAUAUAUGGAAUAACUAUGUUAAAGAUAGAAAUAAAUAGGAAUUAUGAGGUUAAAAGAUCCAGUUACUAUAUCUAGAUUCUGCACAUUCAUUUUACUCUACUCGGUAGAGUUGGACUACAUUAGAUAUAGUAGCAUGGGCCAUGUAGCAUAAUGUUUAAGAACAUUUAUACAAAGUAUGUUCUUUAAACAGGAAAAUGUGCAUGAUGUCUCAUUACAUUUAUCUUUGAAUUUUUUCAUAAUUUUCUACUCAAAGAGAUCCUAGAUUAAUACUGGAAGAUAGAGACCACUGUAAAUUGCUUGAUUCUGGAACUUGAAUAAUAGCUCUGAAGCUACGUUGAACCUUCAUGGAAUUCAGUGGGCAGUUCACAUGCGGAAAGACUGUGGCUAGGAAAAGACAUGUAAAAUGCCUGAGCCUGAAUUGAUUCAGUCUUUGCAGCUUAACCUGGCUAGGCUGAAUCAGCUUGUAACCACUCAGACAUCCCCUCUGGACUGGAAAAAUGCAGGCACAUGCCUGCAGUGGCUCAGGCUAGAAGCUGGGGGGGCUAGAGCAGGCCUCCCUUCUCUUUACCAGGGUGCUCCAAUUAGGGAAGGGACCCUCCCCCCUUCCCCCCCACCUCUCGCUGGUCAGUGAGGGAACCAGCAGAGAUUUAAUUACACAGCAGGGAGCAUUUAUCACCCCUUCAGUCAAGCUCUUCUUAAACAGCUUGUUCCAAAGAAGGAACAGUGGGACAUUACCAGUGUAACAGGAGGGAUGGCAGGGUCACCGUGCUAGCCCUUGCCGCCUCCUCUACUGUGCCAAGCUUCGGACUUGCAUCCUCCUAUUCUCGCCCGCCACAACUUUGAUGAUAAGUGUUUUUUGUAGGGAGGCUACCUCUCCUCCACUUGGCCACCGUUCUCCUGCUCCGGGUGUCCGGCGUGUCUAGGCCUUGCGGGCCUUCUCUAUACGCCACCCUUCUCACCGGGCUCUUCCCUCUGCAAGGCUGCCCUUCUCACCGGGCCUUCUCUGUGCCGUCGCCCUCUCUCGGGGCCUUCUCAAUAGUGCCCCUCUCUGGGGCUCGUCGUGCCCACACUUGGGCUUCUCAAAUAUUGCCCCCUUCCUGGGGCUUGUCACACCCACACUGGGCUUCUCAAUAAGGCACUCUCCUCUCCGGGGCUCGCCGUGCCCAACUUGGGCUUUUCUAAUAAUGUCACCCCCUUUCUGGGGCUCGCCACGCCCACACUGGGGCUUCUCAAUAGUGCCCCACCUGGGGCUUGCUACACCCACACUGGGGCUUCUCAAAUGCCCCCUUUUUGGGGCUGGGGUCUAAGCACCCUGUAAGCUGCGUCCUCACUGGCACCGGGGCCCCCCCACCACUGUGGCUCCCUUUAUGAGGAUACUGCGUCCACUCUGGCGCUGGGGUCCUCACACUUCGUUGUGAAUCCCCGAUGAGGCCUCCUUCAUCCCCUUAUAGCCUCACCCAAACCACUGGUGUAACAAUAGCAAACACAAACAACAACAUAAACACAAGCCCCUGGGCUAUAACUAGGCUCAGGCCUACCGGGUUUUCUCUCCUACCGCGGUGACCAAUGCUGCUUUGGCAUUCAGGUUCUCUCUCUUCUGGCCAGGAGCUUCCUCAUCCUUAGCUGUUGGUAGGGAAGCCCUGCUGUCUUAGAUGCCAUUCAGCAACUACCUCUGGUCUCGGCUCCCCUCCUCUCAUAAGAGCCAGGCCUUGCCUCUUAUAGCCAGCUGACCGCUGGCAGGUGUGGGUCGUUUGCUGGCUCCCGUUGCCUUGGCAACCAGCACCUGAGGAGUCUUCCGCGCUCUCUCAGUAGCAGGCACCUUAGUGUCCUGCUACAACCAGCUACUUGUUGAUUAGCUCCAAAGAGCCCUAAGCGGCACUGUCCUGUCUUCCUUGUCUCCCACAGCAUGGACCAUAGCCAGCAUGUGGUCUGCUAGCUAAUGCUGAGAGGUGUCUGUGUAAGGCAGAGGGGAGGGGGGAAUCCCUGCUUCAGUGGGGGGGGGGGGAGGGAGGGGAGCAGGAGGAAGCCAAGUAGAUGUCCUGUACCUGCAAUCUCCAUCAGAGCUGCAGCCAGGGAGCAGAGGGGAGGGGCCAGCCCUACUGGGCUGGAUCAGAGAGCAGAGCCUGGCCCAGAGUUGCCAAGCGACUGGAAUGCUGGAGGAUUCCUAUUUAACUUAAACUGGGAAGGGGUCUGGGACAGAUGUUGCAUAACUGAUUUGGGUCAAACCAGUUUAAGUCUGAUACUACAUUCAACCAGGUUUAUAUCAACCUGGUUUCAGUCAUUUUUCAAACUGGUUUAUGUACACUGAACAUCUGUUCUGUUACAGGUUUAAACCAGUUUCUGAUCAUGUAAACUGUUUUAUGUGUAAUGUCCAUCCCUAGCCUGUAGAGUCAUGGCCAAUAUGCUACCCAAGGUAGAGGCCUGACCUUGUACUUCUUCCUGGGCCAAGAUUUCCAUUCAGCCAGCAAGCUGUUCAGAACAAGGCCUAAACAGACCACUUUUCUGUACCAGCAUGUUGACCAUGCAGAAUCCUUUCAGGCAUCUGCUUACCUAGAAGAAUGUGCUGUUUCAUUAAGUUCUAAUGUCUCUGGAAAGUUGCAUACAUUUGUUUCUGGUUUUUUGAGUUUUUUUGUAGCUGAAUCAACUCAAAAGUUUAUUAGCAAAAGGUGGGGGGAGGAGUGGGGAGGUGAAGAGCACAAUCUGUCCCUUUAUGUUGGUGCUGUCCUUUAGCAACUUUGUGUAGCACUCUGGUACUUUUAAUUCUAUUUUUCUAAGUUGGCCAUAUCAUCUUUGUAUAUGGAAUUUUAAAAAAUAAAAUAAAUGAAACCUUA